UGUUGAUAGUGUUCUUUUCUCAGCCUCUACAUAUACUUUCUAUUUUCUCCUCUAAUCUCAUUUUCUUUCAUUCGUAUCUCAUUUUCUUUCCUGUCUGCUAGCUCUAGAUACAGUUCAAGUUCGGUCUGUCUCUCCUUAAGAUGAAAGCAUCAAUCAUGAGCGCGGCUCUCUCAGCCCUUAGUUUUCUUCCCUCCCUCAGCACGUGCACUCCCAUCGCACAAUCUAGCUCAGUCUCAGAUUCCGCCUUCCACCCAAAUCUCCCUCUAGCCGUCAAGAGUCUGAAAACCUUCUCCUACCCUUCAUGGGCUGAAAAUUUGGCUAUCAGAUCCAACGGUGACAUCCUAGUCUCCCGUUUCGAUACCCCUGAGGUCCUCCUUGUCUCACACACAAACGCAUUUGAACCCAUCACCAUCUCAACCUUCGACUCCAUAACCUACAAAGGCUGUCUCGGUAUCUCCGAAACGACAAAAGAUGUAUUCUACGUCAUUACCUCCGCUCAAAUUGACGAUUCUUUCGCCAAAGCAAGCGGUGUAAAUUCCAUCUGGAAAAUUAACAUGAACACAUUUGCUCAAAGAAACGGAGUCGUCACAUCCCCAGCUACAGUCACCAAGCUUGUCGAUAUCACCUCUGCCGAUUUUCUCAAUGGAAUGACCACCCUAGAUGAUGAGAAUAUUCUCGUCGGAGAUGCUUACAAUGGAUGGGUUUACAAAAUUUGCGUCACAACCGGUGCUUAUGAAAUUCUCAUCAAUGAUCCUAAAAUGAAAUUCCCCGUCGGUGCCUCCGCCGCUCUCGGUGUGAACGGUAUUAAGAUCUCAAGUUCAUAUCUCUACUGGACCAAUACCGCUAUUGGUUCUGUCAACAGAAUCAAAAUCAAAAUCAAUGGAACACCCAUUGGAUCCAGCGAGGUUGUCGUAAGCAAUGUUCCUAAAGCCGAUGAUUUUGUUUUCAAAAGCGAUGGAACGAUUUGGGUUGCCCAGAACCAAGUGGAUGAAUUGAGUUAUAUUCCUGUUGGGAAAAAACAAGCUACCCUUGUUGCUGGAAGUGUUAUCUCAACUACUUUGGCUGGUGUUACUUCUGGCCAUUUUGGAAGAACGAUUAUGGAUGCAAAUAUUCUGUAUUUGGCUACUAGUGGUGGUAAGUUUCCUUUCCUUUCCUAGUCUAUAUUUUUUUCUUUUCUGGGAAUGGUUGAGUACUAAUGAUUUUCAGGAAUCGCAUCGCCUAUCAAUGGAACGAUAUCUGUAGCAGGAAGUAUCCUGAUGAUUGACACAGCUGGAUUUUUUUAAAUCAUACUUGAUAGACAUAAUAAAUGUGAUUUGAUUGAAUGAUAUCUUGAUCUUAGAAGCUGAGAUAAGAUUAGUGGAUGGGAAGAAACCGAUUUAUAUGUAUGCAUGUAAGAUUAAAUUUAUAGACAACAGUACAUCUAUAACAUCUAAUAAGAAGCAAAGUUAUUGUCUUCUUAUUCUGGGCCUUUUUCUUCCAUUUGACAACUCGUCCCAUAGCUGUUUUAUCCGGCUAUAGAGGGAUUCGGAAAUAGUAUGGGUGGUUGUGACAACGAUGAAGACAAAGAAGGAGUUUACGCGAACAAACAUAGAAAAAAG